CUCCUCUUAAUUUUUAAUUUUUAAUUUUUUUGUUCUUGUUUUUGUUUAUAUUCCAAAUUCACAUACUACUUUUACAUCAUGUCCUCCUCAGCCAUCACCUCGGCAGCAUCGACAGCCUCGGCCAAAAAGCAAUUGCGCACACACUUGCGCUCCACUCUCUCACUAAUCCCUCUGCACUCUCUCCAAGCGCAAUCGCAUCUCGUCACCCGCCACCUCCUCCAGCACCCCCUUUACCAGCGCUCCCAGCACAUCAGCAUCUACAUCAGCACAGCCUCCAGCGAACUGCAGACCACUGAGCUCUUCCGCCAUGCGCUUUCCACGGGAAAAUCUGUCUACGUACCGCGAUGCCACGGCCCGAAGCAAAUGGACAUGUGUCGGGUGCAGGAUCUCGACGACCUGGCUGGAUUGCAAGUGAACCGGUGGGGGAUUCCAGAGCCUGGCAUGGAAAGAGAGCCUGUGGACCCAAGCCUGUUGGAUUUUGUCGUGGUGCCUGGCUUGGCGUUUGAUCGCAGUGGCCGGAGGUGUGGCCAUGGGAGAGGAUACUACGACAGGUAUUUGGAGAACCUGGACGCUGUGACGUGUGCUGUGGCACUGAGCGAGCAGAUCGUAGACCAAGUGCCGGUGGACGCCUUUGACCGCACGCCCGACCUGAUUAUCGCACCCGAGGGCGUGAUAUACUCCUCUGGGAACAGAGUGGGAAGCAAAGGGUAAAUUGAAAAUAAACGAUAAAAUUGAAAAUAAAUAAACAAACGAUAAAUAGAUAAAAAUAAAAAUUAAUUAAUUAAUAAAACAUAAAUAUA